AUGUUAGGGUCGAGAUAUACCGUGUCGAGGCAGGGAGGCUUCAAGCCGCCAAGAACUGCCGUGGUUAUAGAUGAUGAAGAUGAAUUAUAUACAGGAUUCAACGAAGUGUCACCGGCCUUGGACACCAAGAAUCUUCGAGAGGAUCAAGUGUUCCAGCAGACCGUGAGAACAGCUAAUAUGGGACGACAGGCCGCUAGUAGAAUGGGCACCGGCUUAUUUCGUGUGGGCACGGUGAGUGUGCGUGGAGCUCGUACGGGUUCGGCUAGACCGGUGACGGCGUUGAGGGCUGCUGGGUAUUCCUCGGGGAAAGAUGCUCCCCGGGACGAACGGAGAGAGGAAACUAUUGAAGAUAAAAUAAAACAAAUGGAAGCGAAGAUCAUGACUCUUGUUGAGGAGUCGUGCGUGCUGGUUGCGAGGAGAGGUGCUGAAGACGAGAACGAUAGCAAGAGGGAACAGAACUUGAGUCAGGCGUUAGCGAAGGCCCAAGAAGCGUCAACAUUGGAAAGACAGCUAAUUAGAAUGCAAGAGCAAGCCAAUUUGGGCGACUCGCAUAAUUUGGAUUUGACUUUUGCGGUUCUUUGCAAUCUAGCUGACCAGUACGCCCUCAACGAAAUGUACACUGAAGCUCUUAAUACUUACCAACUUCUCACCAGGAACAAACUCUUUCCUCACGCGAAUAGACUUAAGGUGAACAUGGGAAACAUACAUUUCAAGAUGGGCGAACAUCCGAAGGCUUUAAAACUUUAUAGAAUGGCCCUGGACCAGACUCCUACCGCGGAGAAGGAUCUGAGGAUGAAAGUGAUGCAUAACAUCGGUCUUCUAUUAGUACGGAUGGGCAAGUUUCGUGAUGCUGUUACAAAUUUCCAGCACAUCAUGCAAGAACAGGGCGAUUUCCAGACAGGUCUUCACUUGGUGCUGUGCUCGGUCGCUCUUGAUGACGCCGAGGGUGGCAGGGCAGCCUUCCACGCGAUGUUAGACGUAGAGCCUCCCACCUAUCAUCACGACAUAGCCAUCGAUGAUGAGAAUGAUCCGUACGAGUGUGUGGUCCGUGACGUGGUGCGAGGUGACCGUCUGUCUCGCUGGUCCCGGACAGCCUCCGCCCUCGCCGAGCGCUGCCUGGCGCUGGCCGCCGCCGCGCUAGCGAGGGACGAGGACGCUGGGCAUGUAACAUUUAACAUAUAUAUAGGAAACAUUUUAAAAUUAAAGAAACGACGAGGUCGAUUUUUGGAGGGCACGUCAUGGUGUGUGGAAGCGCUUCGAGGGUAUUCAGGCGGCAGUGCGGGCGCGAGGCUGGAGUUAGGCAGCGCACUAGCAGCGCUGCGCAGCGCAGCCGGGACCGCUAGUACCGGGGCCAGCUCCGGGUCCACGGGCGCCAUGUCCGCUGGAACGAGAGCGCUGCAGCGGCUGAAGGCGGUGGCGAGAGCUCAUCCCAACGACCGUGUGUUACGAGCUGAAGCGAAUGCCGAUGCUGCCUUUGUAGCGUACGCGUUGGGCAAGUACUCCGAGGCGCGGUCUCUGAGCGAGGCGGCGUCCCGGGACGACCCGUAUGGCUGCGCGGCUCGUGUGACCCACGCCCUAGCCUCUAUGGCGCCCCCCGGAUCUCCCUCCACGACCUUUGACCCUGCUGUACUGGCUGAGGUCACCGCAAACCUCACGGCCGCCACACAUCUUGACCCUACUGACCUUAUUGCUCUUCACGACUCAGCCCUAGCUUUGGAAAGGGCGGGAGAAGACAAGAGUGCCGAGGCUCGCUGGCAGCGUAUUCGUAGCGCGGCGACCGCUGGCAGCACGCUGAGGGGACUGGCGGCGGCCGGACUGGCGCGACUGGCGGGGAAUAGAGGAGACGCUGGCGCCGCCGAGCAUUGGUACGGCGUGAUAGGCAGCUGGGACGCCAGCGUCACGCUCGCUCUGGCCGAGCUGCAUUCAGAGGCCGGCGACCCGCAGACCGCGCAGCAUCACUACCAGGAUGUGGAGGCGGCCUGGCCGGGCGAGGAGUCAGCGCUCCGCUGGCUGGCCCGCGGACCCCCCUCCUCAUCUCUGCCCUACCUAAGACGAGCAGCGCGCCUACAGCCCGGACAUCCUGAAUGGGGCCUCAUGAUGGGCGAGUGUCUCCGCGCCAACGGACAGUACCAGGAGGCGCUCUCUGUAUAUAAGAAGCUCAACACUAGGUUCCCUGAAAACGUCGAGUGUCUAAGAAUGCUGGUGAAGCUGUGUAGCGCCCAGGGGCUGGAGGAGGCGGGCGUGUGGAGGAGACAGCUGCGGGGGGUGCUGGCGCGGGCACAGGGGGACGCGAGGGGGGAGGGGGAGACUAGAGGCUUAUCGGCGGCGAGCGUGAGUUCAUCUGAGGACCGCGGCAGAGCAGCCACUGGUAAAGAUUGUUCUGAUAUAAAAUGUUCCCGCAGAGGCCGGGCUUCGGGGAGGAGGAGGGAGGAGGAGGAGUUGCCGCUACCACCGGAGUGA